CGGAAGCAGGCGGCGGCGGCGGCCGCGAUGGCUUUGCCCGGUGCCCCUGCCCCGGCCUCGGCUCCGGCUGCGGUCCCGGCGCCGCUGCCGCCGCCCACGGUGCUGAUGACGGUUCGGGCAGGGCUGGCUCAGGCCUCUAGCCUCCUGGCGCUGCCUGCCGCCGCCGCGCUCCGCCUGCAGCUCAGUGUUGAACCGGAGGCCGGCGGUCAGCGCCGCUUCCGACUCGGCUUGCGGCACCCGGAGGCGGCCGGCGGCGCGCUGAUCGCCGAGUACGACCUGCGGGACGUCUCGUACCGGGUGCAGGGCCCCGGCAGCCACGAGCUCUCUGUCCCUGGCUCCUCGGACACCCCCCUGGGCUUCACCUUCCCGGAGGAGCGGGAGGCCCAGCGCUGGUGGACCAUUGUCAGCAGCUCGCUGCGGGAGGUGCAGAAAGCCUCUGACUCCGCGCUGCCAGCCCCAGCCCCAUCACUGCCUGCUGCUGCCGGGGGCAUCUCAAGGGAUCAGGAUCCAGAAGCAGCUCUGACCUUGCAGCUUUCCCAGACAGAGGACCUGGCCUUGCAGCUGGCCCAGGCCAUCGAGCUGGGUGCUGAGGAGCAGGCCUCACGCUGCGCGGUGGCCCUGGCUCGCCAGCAGGCCACCCUCAGCAUCCUCCUGAAGGAGUCCAACUACCCCCCAGAGGAGAUCAGCAUGAAGGUCGGAGUGGAGGAUGCCACCUCCUCAGCCAGCAUCAUCAUCAUGGUCCAUCCCCACACCACCAUCGCAACACUCAAGCAGCAGGUGUUCCAGGACUACGGCUUCCACCCCCUGGUGCAGCGCUGGAUCAUCGGGCAGUGCCUAUGCGUGGACGAGCGCACCGUGGGCUCCUACGGAGUGCGGCGGGACGGUGACACCGCCUUCCUCUACCUGCUGUCGGCGGAGGUGGCUGACCUCAGCCGCUGGCGCUACCAGGAGGACCUGGCCCAGCUCGGCGCUGCCUCCCUGCCGCCCGAGGCGGCCGCGGCGGGGCGCAGAUACAGCACCCUGCCCAACGCCGCCACACGGAAAGGCUCAGGGAACGAGACCAGCCGCAGGAUGGACAUCCUGGAGAUCAGCCAGCACCUGGACACGCUGCAGCUUGGAGACACUGGCACUGCCCAGUCACAGCCCCCUGCCCCCCGCCAGCCCUCGCCUGUGCAGGCAGGUUGGUCGUGUCCAAAGUGCACCUUCAUCAACAAGCCCACACGGCCGGGCUGCGAGAUGUGCAGCAGCGCCCGGCCCGACGACUACGUGGUGCCCGGCGGCUACACGCCCGACGAGACAGAGCUCUGGAGGAUGCAGCAGGAGCAGGAGGGCAUCCGGCAGUACCAGCAGGCACUGGAGGCCGAGCGGUUGAAGAACUUUCAGCAGCUGCUGCAGCUGGAGGAGGAGGUGUUGGUGACCAACCGCGAGGUGCUGGACUGUCUCAUCUGCUUCCAGAAGGUGCCCCCGGGCCAGGGGGUGCUGCUGAGGGAGUGUCUGCACAGCUUCUGCAGGGAGUGCCUGCGCCAGGUGAUCAACUACAGCGAGGAGCCGGCGGUGGCCUGUCCCUUCCGGGACGACUCCUACGCCUGCAGCAGCCACCUCCAGGAGCGGGAGAUCCGGGCGCUGGUGUCCCCAGCCGAGUACCGGCGGUUCCUGGAGCGGGGCCUGGCGCUGGCCGAGCGCCGCAGCCCCAACAGCUUCCACUGCCGGAGCCCCGACUGCCGCGGCUGGUGCAUCUACGAGGACUCCGUCAACGAGUUCCGCUGCCCCAUCUGCCGGGCCCUCAACUGCCUGCUCUGCAAGGCCAUCCACGAGGGCAGGAACUGCCGCCAGUACCAGGACGAGCUGCAGGCGCGGGCGCACCACGACGCUGCCGCCCGCCAGACCAGCGACAUGCUGCAGACGCUGGUGCAGCUGGGGGAGGCCAUGCACUGCCCCACCUGCCUCAUCAUCGUGCAGAAGAAGGACGGCUGCGACUGGAUCCGCUGCACCGUCUGCCAGACCGAGAUCUGCUGGGUCACCAAGGGGCCGCGCUGGGGACCGGGCGGUCCCGGAGACACCAGUGGUGGGUGUCGCUGCAACGUCAACGGGCAGAGGUGCCACCCCCAGUGCCAAAACUGCCACUGAGGCCCCCACGGAGACAAGAGACACUCUGGGGGCUACCCAGCAGAGCCAUCCAAGGCUGGGAGCUGCUCUCCUGCCACAGAAGGAAGGGCCCAACCUCGGGCACAAGUGGUGCCACAGCCCAAGGACGCUGCUGGUCGCAGGCAGGGAAAGAAGGGAGGCAAGGUGAUGAGGAGGGACACGGGGCAGCCAGGUGCCACCCAGGUGCCAGAGGGCCCUGCACCAGUGCCACACAGGGACAGGUUGGGGGGCUCCAUGGAGCCUAUGCCAGGAGUGGAGCCCCCGUGGCAGGAAGUGAUGCUAGCACAGCGGUGUGGGGGGACCCAAUAAAGCCGUCUGUGUGCCAAA